GCGCGGAGAAGGGAGUCUGCGAGGAGAGAGAGAGACACACACAAUAACGAGGCUACACAUCUAACGGGGGUAAACCUGGACGAAAUAAUUUUAUUGCACAUUUUAACGGUAAUAAAAUAAAAUUGGAUUGUAAUACGUAAGUCGCUUGAAGAAGGGACAUUUCGGUGGGAGUUUUUCCCCAAAGCAGUGCGCCUUCUCAACCUUCAUACACAGACUUCUAGUAGUUUGGAUAGGCUUGUCCGCCGGGGGAGAGUUUGUUGUGUAGCUCUCGCUGGUUAUUUUGUUGCGCGUUAGGCGCUCCAGUUGUUGUUGAACUAUGGCGCUCAAGGCGAGGGCUUUAUACGACUUUAAUUCCGAAAACCCCGGGGAGAUAUCAGUGAAAGAAAAUGAAAUAGUGACUCUGUACAGCGAACAGGAUAUUGAAGGCUGGCUAGAAGGAUCCAACAGCAAAGGCGAGAGAGGUCUCUUCCCGGCGUCCUACGUUGAGAUCCUGAAGAACGACACCGCGUCCACGUUUAACAACAACAGCACAUCUGGAUCCCGAUACGCCAAUAUUCCAACCGGAGGUUUCGGGGAUGCCUCCACUUAUAACAUCCAGAAUCAUACUGACAACUUGUCCAAAACAUCAGUAACAUCUCCCGGGCUUACAGCGUUGUCACCGCCUGCUCCAGCACAGCAGCAACCCAUUAAUCAAGCCAGCCAGGGCAGCGACGAAGACUGGGAUGAUGACUGGGAUGACAGCUCGACAGUGGCGGACGAACCCGGGGUUGUUGGGGUUAAUUACCAAAGGGACUUUGAUGGCAACGGACCGUCUACAUACAGAAUGUCAACAUCGAUGUCUAAAGGUAGCAACGUUCAACAAGCCAAGAGCUCUGCUACGGUCAGUAGAAACCUCAAUAGGUUUUCAACAUUUGUGAAAUCAGGAGGGGAAGCGUUCGUGUUAGGUGAGGCAGCUGGGUUUGUGAAAGAUGGGGAUAAGAUCUGUGUUGUAACGGGACAAUACGGUCCAGAAUGGCAGGAAAACCCAUACCCCUUCGCCUGUACCAUAGACGACCCCACCAAGCAGACCAAGUUCAAAGGGAUGAAGAGUUACAUUGCCUACAAGCUGACGCCCACCCACACACAGACCCAGGUAAACAGGAGGUAUAAACACUUUGACUGGCUUUACGGCCGGCUGGUGGAGAAGUUCCCUGUCAUCUCGGUGCCCCACAUCCCAGAGAAACAGGCCACGGGGCGGUUUGAGGAGGACUUUAUCUCUAAAAGGAGGAAAGGGUUGAUAUGGUGGAUGAGUCACAUGACCAGCCACCCGGUCCUGUCCAAGUGUGAUGUCUUUCAGCACUUCCUCACCUGCAACAGCACAGACGAGAAGUCAUGGAAGCAGGGGAAGAGGAAGGCGGAGAAGGACGAGAUGGUGGGGGCUAACUUCUUCCUCACUAUCUCCACGCCCUCCGGACCCCCCCUGGACCUGGUCGAGGUCGAGUCCAAGAUCGACGGCUUCAAAGCUUUCACUAAGAAAAUGGACGACAGCGUGGUCCAAGUCAACGCCACCACCAACGAGUUUGCCCGGAAACAGAUCACGGGGUUUAAGAAGGAGUACCAGAAAGUGGGCCAGGCGUUUAAAGUCCUGGGGCAGGCGUUUGAGCUGGACCAGCAGGCGUAUUCAGUAGGGUUGAACCAGGCCAUAGCGUAUACAGGAGAGGCAUACGAUGCUAUCGGAGACUACUUUGCAGAGCAGCCAAGACAAGAUGUGGAUCCGUUAAUGGAUUUGUUACAGCUGUACCAGGGACAUCUGGCCAACUACCCUGACAUCAUCCACGUACAGAAAGGAGCACUUACUAAGGUGAAGGAGUCCCAGAAGCACGUUGAGGAAGGCAAGAUGGACGCUCCCCAGGCGGACGGCGUCAACGAGCGCUGUAACAUCAUCUCCUUCGCCACGCUGGCAGAGAUCCAGCACUUCCAUCAGGUCCGGGUGAGGGACUUCAAGGCCCAGAUGCAGCAGUAUCUAACCGAGCAGAUUGGCUUCUUCCAGAAGAUCACCGGAAAGCUGGAGGAGGCCCUGCAGAAGUAUGACAACGCUUAGAGUAGAGGGGGGAGAUGAAGGGAUACCCCUGAUUGGGCUAAAUCCGAUCGACCACGUUCUGAUUGGUCGAGAUCUCAAAUCCGACCCCUCCCCCCCUUCCCCGAUUGGUCCAGAAAUGACCCUUGACCUCCCUUAGUCGGCCAAUCAUUGAAGCCCCAGGUGGACAUUACCUUCAACUGCCAAACAGCAAUACAAUCCACUGUGAGAAGACACAGACAACACUGACCGACCUGGAUAGUCCCCUGAAGGCUGGAUGUUGAUUCCAUGUAUGGUGGCUACUGUUUUGAAGGGGCUUGAGUUGACGUCUGGCUUUGUUUAAAUGGGUUUUAAUGCAGUGUUGUUUUUCCUGGAUCAAAAUGGGGCUUGGGUGGUGGGUGUGGCAGGGGUGUGGCCAUGAGCAUGACAAAAUGUAUCUGUUUUAAAGCUAAUCUCCUGCAAUUCUACACAUUUUGCCAUGUGGCUGAGAGAACAUUUGCAGUUUUUUAAAGCUUAUAUCCUAUAACUCUACACAUUUUGCCAUGUGGCUGAGAGAACAUUUGCAGUUUUUUAAAGCUUAUAUCCUAUAAUUCUACACAUUUUGCCAUGUGGCUGAGAGAACAUUUGCAGUUUUUUAAAGCUUAUAUCCUGUAAUUCUACACACUUUGCCAUGCGGUUUAUGCUGUCUGAGUGACUCAAACAUUCUAAUGAAAUUAAUGGGGGCCCAAUGCCAUGACAAAUAUUCCUGAAUGCAUCAUUUUUUUAUUUUUAGAUUCUCCCUGACAGUCUGGUUUUUGCUAUGGUGAUUGUUACUUUUUAAAUAGGCUGUUAUUUAAGAAAUAUAUAUAUAUAUUAGUUUUUCUACAUACUUUAUAUCUUGUUUUAGUCGUUUUGAGUUUACACUGAAAAAUGUUUUUCCAUAUAUUUUUUUCUUUUACUGUUUGGACAUAGACGGUCCGAAAACACUGAGGCAGCAGACAGCCCAAUGCUUUUCUAUGUAGAGAAAACACUGGGGCAGCAGACAGCCCAAUGCUUUUCUAUGUAGAGAAAACACUGGGGCAGCAGACAGCCCAAUGCUUUUCUAUGUAGAGAAAACACUGGGGCAGCAGACAGCCCAAUGCUUUUCUAUGUAGAGAAAACACUGGGGCAGCAGACAGACCAAUGCUUUUCUAUGUAGAGAAAACACUGGGGCAGCAGACAGACCAAUGCUUUUCUAUGUAGAGAAAACACUGAGGCAGCAGACAGCCCAAUGCUUUUCUAUGUAGAGAAAACACUGAGGCAGCAGACAGCCCAAUGCUUUUCUAUGUAGAGAAAACACUGAGGCAGCAGACAGCCCAAUGCUUUUCUAUGUAGAGAAAACACUGGGGCAGCAGACAGCCCAAUGCUUUUCUAUGUAGAGAAAACACUGGGGCAGCAGACAGACCAAUGCUUUUCUAUGUAGAGAAAACACUGGGGCAGCAGACAGACCAAUGCUUUUCUAUGUAGAGAAAACACUGGGGCAGCAGACAGACCAAUGCUUUUCUAUGUAGAGAAAACACUGGGGCAGCAGACAGACCAAUGCUUUUCUAUGUAGAGAAAACACUGGGGCAGCAGACAGACCAAUGCUUUUCUAUGUAGAGAAAACACUGAGGCAGCAGACAGCCCAAUGCUUUUCUAUGUAGAGAAAACACUGGGGCAGCAGACAGCCCAAUGCUUUUCUAUGUAGAGAAAACACUGGGGCAGCAGACAGACCAAUGCUUUUCUAUGUAGAGAAAACACUGGGGCAGCAGACAGCCCAAUGCUUUUCUAUGUAGAGAAAACACUGGGGCAGCAGACAGCCCAAUGCUUUUCUAUGUAGAGAAAACACUGGGGCAGCAGACAGCCCAAUGCUUUUCUAUGUAGAGAAAACACUGGGGCAGCAGACAGCCCAAUGCUUUUCUAUGUAGAGAAAACACUGGGGCAGCAGACAGCCCAAUGCUUUUCUAUGUAGAGAAAACACUGGGGCAGCAGACAGCCCAAUGCUUAUCUAUGUAGAGAAAACACUGGGGCAGCAGACAGCCCAAUGCUUUUCUAUGUAGAGAAAACACUGGGGCAGCAGACAGCCCAAUGCUUUUCUAUGUAGAGAAAACACUGAGGCGGUUUAGGAGGUGAGCCACUCAGACGUGAGACUACAGAAGCAGAGGUCGUAAAAGUUUUUGUUUUUGAUCGAUGACGAGGCAAACCUCGGUUGGUUGUAAGUGUUGAUUUAACGAGGGCUAUCCUCGUCGCGACUUGGUUUGGUAGGUGUCGUAGUCCAGCGAGUGGGUGGAUAUGGUUAUUAUCUUAAUUAUUGAUUAAUUAUUAUCUUAAUCGUGACUUAAGACAGAGGGGGACGAUCAUCUCCUGUAAACUUGGUAUCCCCUACUGCUGAUUGUACCUACACGGGGAGGUAUCUUGUAGAUCACACUAUGUCCACUAAACCUUUUUUAAACAAUUUGACUGGUUAUUUAGAUGGAGUCCCUUAAAGGGACAGUGAUUUGUUCAGAGGGGCGAGUCUCUACCGUAAAGCAAUGCUGUUUAGUGGCUUUAAACCGUUACAAUGCUGCCUUCUGCUAUUACACAGUAUCUUCAUACUUCCUAGUAUAUACUGCACUACUUUUGACCAGAGCCCCUAUGCGUAGUGCGCUAUAUAGGGGAAUAGUGUUCCAUUUGGGAAGUCCCAUCGCUAGCAGGAACAUGUUUACACACACAGACUCCUAGCAGACCAGACAACCGGACUUGUGCCUUCUUUCUUUUUUUGUUGAUUGUCUCUCUCUGAUGAUGAUACAUUAUUUAAAAAUGUUUAAAUAACUUCUAUAAAGGUUUAUGUAAUAUAAAUAUAUUCUCAUAUUUAGUUUUUAAGAUGCUUGUUUGUUGCAAAUAUUAUAGAAAGGCUAUCAAGGACCACGCGAUGCUUUUGGACUUGGACUUGUGUUUUGUUGGAGUUGAGAGAAGUGCCCAGCCGAUGGGGAGCAGAGUCCGUCUGGACUGCUUGUAGCGCUGACCUCUGAUUCUCCCUUCAGAGACCGAAGUCUGAUUCAGGGGCGUCAAUGUAGAGCCGCGUGAUCAUUCAGACUGGGACGAGGCUGAUUUACACAGAGAGGAAGAAAGCGACACUGCGCUCGGAAUCAGAACCUGUUCUGUUCUUACUGCAGGCUUGGAUUCCAUUCGGUGGAUAUCAAUGGAACCAUGAACUCUGCCUGCUUAAAGGUUCAGAGCCUUGGAACGCAAAGGAACAUGUCUCAGACUGAAAUGGACUGGACAGUCUGCUCAGACUGAAAUGGACUGGACUGUCUGCUCAGACUGAAAUGGAUUAACACGGACUGAAAUGGACUGGACUGUCUGCUCAGACUGAAAUGGACUGGACUGUCUGCUCAGACUGAAAUGGACUAACACGGACUGAAAUGGACUGGACAGUCUGCUCAGACUGAAAUGGACUGGACAGUCUGCUCAGACUGAAAUGGACUGGACAGUCUGCUCAGACUGAAAUGGACUAACACGGACUGAAAUGGACUGGACUGUCUGCUCAGACUGAAAUGGACUGGACUGUCUGCUCAGACUGAAAUGGACUAGACAGUCUGCUCAGACUGAAAUGGACUAACACGGACUGAAAUGGACUGGACUGUCUGCUCAGACUGAAAUGGACUAGACAGUCUGCUCAGACUGAAAUGGACUAACACGGACUGAAAUGGACUGGACUGUCUGCUCAGACUGAAAUGGACUGGACUGUCUGCUCAGACUGAAAUGGACUAGACAGUCUGCUCAGACUGAAAUGGACUAACACGGACAAAUGGACUGGACUGUCUGCUCAGACUGAAAUGGACUAGACAGUCUGCUCAGACUGAAAUGGACUAACACGGACUGAAAUGGACUGGACAGUCUGCUCAGACUGAAAUGGACUGGACAGUCUGCUCAGACUGAAAUGGACUGGACAGUCUGCUCAGACUGAAAUGGACUAACACGGACUGAAAUGGACUGGACUGUCUGCUCAGACUGAAAUGGACUGGACUGUCUGCUCAGACUGAAAUGGACUAGACAGUCUGCUCAGACUGAAAUGGACUAACACGGACUGAAAUGGACUGGACUGUCUGCUCAGACUGAAAUGGACUAGACAGUCUGCUCAGACUGAAAUGGACUAACACGGACUGAAAUGGACUGGACAGUCUGCUCAGACUGAAAUGGACUGGACAGUCUGCUCAGACUGAAAUGGACUAGACAGUCUGCUCAGACUGAAAUGGACUAACACGGACUGAAAUGGACUGGACUGUCUGCUCAGACUGAAAUGGACUGGACUGUCUGCUCAGACUGAAAUGGACUAGACAGUCUGCUCAGACUGAAAUGGACUAGACAGUCUGCUCAGACUGAAAUGGACUAACACGGACUGAAAUGGACUGGACUGUCUGCUCAGACUGAAAUGGACUGGACUGUCUGCUCAGACUGAAAUGGACUGGACAUUUUAGCCCUCCCUGAAAUCACAAAGUUAUUUGGGAAAAAAUGACUCUCUAAAUAUUAUUCUUGCACAAUGUUAAUUUUUUUAAACUUUUUUUUUUUAAGGAUGAUGGAUGUUAGUCUGUCAGUCAGACUGGUUGAUGGGUAGACAUCCUUCCUCUCCUGUUUUUAAUUGUCUACUGAUCCUAGUACAGAUCUGGACACCUCAGCCAGCCUGACUCUCCUGUUAUUUCAACUUAUGUGCCAGUUUUUGUGUUGAGUCAGAGACUAAAUAAACUACAUAAACUCCU